UAUAAUUAUGAGAAUCAAUCCUACCCCUUCUAGUCCUGCGGUUUCCACACUUGAAGAACAAAACCUAGGGCGUAUCGCUCAAAUUAUUGGCCCAGUACUGGAUGUUGUUUUUCCUCCGGGCAAGAUGCCUAAUAUUUAUAACGCUUUGGUAGUUAAGGGUCGAGAUACUAUUGGUCAGCAAAUUAAUGUGACUUGUGAGGUACAACAAUUAUUAGGAAAUAAUCGAGUUAGAGCUGUAGCUAUGAGUGCUACAGAUGGACUGAUGAGAGGAAUGGAAGUGAUUGACACGGGAGCUCCUCUAAGCGUUCCAGUCGGUGGAGCUACCCUCGGACGAAUUUUCAACGUUCUUGGGGAGCCUGUUGAUAAUUUAGGUCCUGUAGAUACUAGCACAACAUCUCCUAUUCAUAGACCUGCACCUGCCUUUAUACAGUUAGAGACGAAAUUAUCAAUCUUUGAAACAGGAAUUAAAGUAGUGGAUCUUUUAGCUCCUUAUCGCCGUGGAGGAAAAAUCGGACUAUUUGGAGGAGCUGGAGUAGGUAAAACAGUACUCAUCAUGGAAUUGAUCAACAACAUUGCCAAAGCUCAUGGAGGCGUAUCUGUAUUUGGCGGAGUAGGCGAACGUACUCGUGAAGGAAAUGAUCUUUACAUGGAAAUGAAAGAAUCCGGAGUAAUUAAUGAAAAAAAUAUUGCAGAAUCAAAAGUAGCUCUAGUCUACGGUCAAAUGAAUGAACCGCCGGGAGCUCGUAUGAGAGUUGGUUUGACUGCCCUAACUAUGGCGGAAUAUUUCCGGGAUGUUAAUGAACAAGACGUACUUCUAUUCAUCGACAAUAUCUUUCGUUUCGUCCAAGCAGGAUCAGAAGUAUCCGCCUUAUUGGGGAGAAUGCCUUCUGCAGUGGGUUAUCAACCUACCCUUAGUACAGAAAUGGGUUCUUUGCAAGAAAGAAUUACUUCUACCAAAGAGGGAUCUAUAACUUCGAUCCAAGCCGUUUAUGUACCUGCGGACGAUUUGACCGACCCUGCUCCUGCCACGACAUUUGCACAUUUAGAUGCUACUACCGUAUUAUCGAGAGGAUUAGCUGCCAAAGGUAUUUAUCCAGCAGUGGAUCCUUUAGAUUCAACGUCAACUAUGUUACAACCUCGGAUCGUUGGCGAGGAACAUUAUGAAACUGCGCAAAGAGUUAAGCAAACUUCACAACGUUACAAAGAACUUCAGGACAUUAUAGCUAUUCUUGGGUUGGACGAAUUAUCCGAAGAAGAUCGUUUAACUGUAGCAAGAGCACGAAAAAUCGAGCGUUUCUUAUCACAACCCUUCUUCGUGGCAGAAGUAUUUACUGGUUCUCCAGGAAAAUAUGUUGGUCUUGCAGAAACAAUUAGGGGGUUUCAACUGAUCCUUUCCGGAGAAUUAGACAGUCUUCCCGAGCAGGCCUUUUAUUUAGUAGGUAACAUCGAUGAAGCUACCGCGAAAGCUAUGAACUUAGAAGAGGAGAAAGUGAAAGAAAUAAUUUUAUCUACUAAUAGUGGCCAAAUUGGCGUAUUACCAAACCACGCCCCUAUUGCCACGGCUGUAGAUAUAGGUCUUUUGAGAAUACGCCUCAACAACGACCAAUGGUUAACGGUGGCUCUGAUGGGUGGUUUCGCUAGAAUAGGUAAUAAUGAAAUCACCAUUUUAGGAAAUGAUGCGGAAAUAAGUACUGACAUUGAUCCGCAAGAAGCUCAACAAGCUCUUGAAAUAGCUGAAGCUAACUUGAGUAGAGCUGAGGGUAAGAGACAAGCAAUUGAAGCGAAUCUAGCUCUCAGACGAGCUAGGACACGAGUAGAGGCUGUCAAUGUUAUUUCCUACUAGUCAAGUCAAUACAUCAAAAUAAUAAAGAGAAGUUUUUAAAAAGUUCUUUAUUAUACACCACAUGUUGAUUCUGCCAAUUGAACACAAUCAAGUCUAAUCUGAUAAAACAAAAAAAGAAGAUGGGGUAGAAAAACUUAUUAGAUAUCAUUUCAUCGACUCCGGUAUCUAAUAAGUUCUACCUACUAUUGGAUUUGAACCAAUGACUCCCGCCGUAUGAAAGCAAUACUCUAACCACUGAGUUAAGUAGGUCAUUUAUCACCACAAAAAGAACCCAUCACUUCGGGGAUUAUAGGUGGAAUAUUAUUUCUAAGCAAUACUAAUCUGUUCUGUUAAGCGUAAAUAAAUCUGUUCUGUUAAGCGUAAAUAAAAUAAAUAGAUCAGAGAGCUAUGAUGUGGAUUAUGGAAUAUCCAUCUUGACAAGAAAUUAUCUAUAUGUUAAGAUGUCUAUGACAAGGGCUAUAGCUCAGUUGGUAGAGCACCUCGUUUACACGCGCGCCAAUGCUUUUCAAAGGAGCCUAUUAUGCAAUGAACAUAAUUGAUCGUAUUGAGAAAUCGAUGUCUUACUCCAUAGGUUCGAGGGAACAAGAGAACAAUAGCCUGACAAAUAUUUGGUUCGGUCCGAUUCAGGCGCGAAUUCAGUUGCCAAAUCAAAUAGAACCCGCCAUUGAUUUGAUAGUUGAUAAGGUAAAUACCCAGCCCAUUCAAUGCUAGGCAUAAUGAGUAUAAGGGCCUCAAAAUAACCUCUUUUCGUCCUAUGAACUUUAAGGUGUAUGAAGUCUCAUAUUCGACUGUUGCAGCGGAGCGAUAGAGAUUCCAUUUAACUUAGGUUGAUCUAGGCCGAAGGCAGACCUAAGUCAAGAUAACCCUUCUUUGAAACACUUUGGUAUUGCUCCUAGAUCAGAAUACAAAUAAUAAAUCAGAGCACAUGGAACCAUCUCAUUAUCUUCCUCUAAAGAAAAAAUAUGGUGGACUAACUGAUCUUUACAUCAGUUGAUGAAAGAGCCCAAUGCAACAAAAUGCAUGUUGGGUCUUUGAAACAGUUCGAAUCAUUUCGAUAAUAAUCAGUUUGAUCUGUUUUACCGAGAAGGUCUACGGUUCGAGUCCGUAUAGCCCUAAUCCUAAUAUAUUAUAUUUUUGUUUAGUAUAUAGUUUAGUGUUUAGUAUAUAGUUUAGUAUGGUUUUCAUUUCUAUGGGACCAACCAAGUCUAAUCCUAAGUCACAUGGGUCUAGGACCUAUUCUUUUCUUGGUCUUGGGUCUUGUCUUGUAUUUGGAGAAUCCCCCUAACUAAUCACUAAUCGUUUUUUGGCAGAACAAGAGCAACCUUAUUGAUUGAUUCAGAGAUAAUGGAGAGAUAACGAAUUGGGCCUAAAUAUAUUAACGUUUCUUCUUCUAUAUUCUAUGAGUUGAGUGGGUUUGUGGAUUUGAUUUGGUCCGUCGAAUCAUUCGAUAAUGUGUGAUUCUUUCUAUUUGAAAAUGUUAUGUAAAUCAUUUAUGAUUCCGUCGAUUAUACUACUCCACUCUUUGCUAUGUUUCAUUGUCUAGUAUAGGUUUGCUGUAAAACCUUUUUCUUGUAGCGAAAUCUAACCCAUUGCUUGGUCUUACCAUUAUAUUAUUAAGCGUUAUUGCCGUAACAAAACAAACAAGUAUUUUGGUUCAUUCCAAAUCGUAAUCUUUGUUUAGUAUUAGAGAUUGGUCCGAAAUAGAAUGAAUCUUUCAUUCUAACUCUAAUGAAAUAACUCGAUUCUUCUUAUUUAUUUCUGAGGAGGUGGGAUAGUACAGGUUCCAAGUUUCCAAUUUUUUGUAUAGAAAGAUAUAAGUUGUUAUAUGUCACCUCUCAAUUCAACGGAUUGAAUCAAUUAAGAAAAAUAGAAAUGAAAUCUAGGACAAGAAAAAGAUAAAAAAUCAUUCGAUGCAUUAGAUUAUGUAUUCAUAUUCGUAUCAAAUCAAUAGAAGCAAUGAUCCUAUACCCAGAUUUUAAUGAAAAAGGAAUACUUCGAAUAAUAUAGAAUAUGCUAGAAAUCCCUAGACAUUUUACCCCAUAUGACUAUUGAAAAAUUUAAGUUUUAAAAAAAGGAAAUGAAAUUAUUAUUAUUUCAUUAUGUUGAUUAUAUAUAAUCAACAUAGUAUUCUAAUGAAUAUAGUAUUCAUAGUAUUUAAUUAUAGGAUAUUUACUUUACUAUAUUAUAGGGUAUUGAUAUUUAUUAUAGUUAUAGGCAUAGGAAUAGUUAUAGGCAUAGGAUAUUUUAGUAUUUUAUUACCUUUUUCUAGAGGAUAGAGAACCCAAGACAAAGUGAGAGAGUUUUGUUUGUGUAAGAGCAUCCUAUGUCUACACCAUAUCUAAAUAGAAUCGAAAUCCAAAAUGUAAGUGGGAUUCCAUUAGAUGAAUCUUUAAACAAAACAUGCCCCACAGCAAACAAACUCUAAACUAUGCAGUUUGAUUUGAUCAAAAUCAAUUCUUGUUUCGCCUAAGAUAAGAAGUUAUGGAUGAAUUGACAAUUCCGAUUCGAAUCGAAUAAUUCAGCAUAUUCCACAUUAAUAGGAGUACAUUUAUGUUUCUGCUUCACGAAUAUGAUAUUUUCUGGGCAUUUCUAAUAAUAUCAAGCGUUAUUCCUAUCUUGGCAUUUGUAAUUUCCGGAGUUUUAGCCCCGGUUAGUGAAGGACCAGAGAAGCUCUCUAGUUAUGAAUCGGGUAUAGAACCCAUUGGGGAUGCUUGGUUACAAUUUCGAAUCCGCUAUUACAUGUUUGCUCUAGUUUUUGUUGUUUUUGAUGUUGAAACGGUCUUUCUUUAUCCAUGGGCAAUGAGUUUCGAUGUAUUGGGUGUAUCUGUAUUUAUCGAAGCUUUAAUUUUUGUGCUUAUCCCAAUUGUUGGUUCAGUUUAUGCAUGGCGAAAAGGAGCAUUGGAAUGGUCUUAACUGAAUAUUCAGACAAUCAAAAUAAAAAUGAAGGAAAA